UAAAGAAUUUGCAGCCUGGAUUGAAGCGGAAGCAGCAUCAAGGCACAAGUCGACUUCUUCACAGUUGGAGGUCUCUGCAUCAGAAAGAUUAGCAGGUGCAACUUUGUCCACCAUUUCAGAAACAAUCGAUGAGCCACCUAUACAAUUAGUUGCUCCUAAACAAAAGGCAUUUCCCUUAUUUUCCUAGUAUUCUGUUGGACACAUUUUCAAUGCAGUAAUUGAAUUAUACUACAAUCUUAAACAUCCUUUUAAUAUUUAGCAGGGUAGCGAGAUAAGUUUUGAAGAAGGAACUACAUCAACUUGUGACAAAACAAUAACAUCAUCAACUCAUUUAGAAGUUGUUGAUGGAAAAACAUGCAUACCGUUUUCUUCAAUUGUCAAUAUUAUAAAGCUUCCUUCCACCAAAUAUGUUGAUAUUGGAGACUCCCAUGAAACUUUUGCAAUAGAAGACAUUGACAAACUGAUCAAGGAGGACUCACUUCUUGCAUUUGAGAUGUUUCUUACUGGAGUGCCAAGUUUGUCCAUUAAAACUUUACUUCAAGAACUGAAGACUUUGUUGGACUCAUCAUCAGACCUUGACCAUCUUGUAUCUAACAAAGAGUCCAAAUCGAAAUUGAUUUCUCUUUUGCAUGGAUUGAAUCAGCAUCAAGGACUCUUACCUUCUGAUGUGAAGGAGUUUGUUGAGAAAGUGAAUACCUUCUUCAAUAACAUCAUUAACAAACACGCCACUUAUCAACAACUACUUACGAAGCAUAAGCAACUUCUUGAUUUGAAACCCGGUCUUUUGGAAAAGCUUUUGAUUGCAAAGAGUAAGCAAUUCCACAUUGUCAGUGAAGCUUCAACUGCCAAUGCUCAGAUACAUAAACGCUCUUUGGAAAUUGAUGAACUUAGAAAACAGUUGGAAGAUCUUGAGAAUCAAAUAGAUGAUUUGAAGUCAGUAGUAAACAAAUGUGAUGUUCAGAAGGAAGAGUUGAACGCUGAAUGCAGUGAGUGGGCACAACAAAGUAAAGAAUUUGCUUCAGCACUUGCAUCAACCGAGGUCGACUUAAGAGAAGCUGAGCGUGCGAGGAAUUUGGCAACAGAAGGCUUUUCUAAUUUAAAGUCUUCGUUUCCUACAUUUUAGGAAGGAACCCCACACGAAAAUAGGUUAGGGUUUGAUUAUGGUGUUUGUUAAUGUUGUUUUGUUUAUGUAUGUUUAGUACUGCGCUCUUUUUUCCUUCACCUGCUUUUGUCCCAUUGGGUUUUACAGGUAAGGUUUUUAAUGAGGCAACUGUAUUACAAUAUUAUUCCCUUGUGAAUUGAUUUUCCUAG